AAGAAGCAACAGCUAUAGCUAUAAGUGAUUCCUAUUUCCUACUACUCAUUACUCAAAAUUUAAGCUCAAGGAAUCCAACCAAAUGUCUGUCACUUUCCAUAAAACUUUUCAAGUAGAAAGAAAUUUGAAUGCGCCGAACACUGUAAUUAUUUCCAGAACCAAAACUAAUUAAACUAAAUAGCUGCUGCUUAGGCCGGAGAACAAAGGCCACCGCCCGAGGAAGCAGAGCAGAAGGCGGGGAGCACACGGCAGUCGUCUCUGGAUCGGACGGAGAGAGGAAGAGGAGGGGGAGGCUUUAUUGGUUACACGGUCUCUGCAGUGCGGACUCUGUACAAAUAAAAACUACUGGAAGGGGGGAGAAAUGGAACCUGCAGGAGAUGAAGAAGAGUAUGCAGUGUUCCUAGAAAAGGUGAAGCGGACGGUUUUCAUAGAUAACCUCUCACCAAUGGCCACUGAGGCUGUCCUAAGAGCCGCCUUCAACCAAUUUGGAUCUGUCACUAAUGUGUGUUUACUCCCUAACUACCUCGAGCCCCCCAAUGCAGCUCAAUCAGCUCUGGUGGAGAUGCAAACCGCCGAUCAGGCCGAAUCAAUCAUAUGUGAGGUCAGCUGUUCACCGUUCAUGAUCUCGGGUAUGCCAAGGCCCGUGAGGGCCCAUGCCGCCGAAGUUGAUAUGUUUGAUGAUUGCCCUCGCAAACCUGGUACUAAAGUACAAUUCCAUUGGGUGGACCGUGGUAACCAAAACUAUGGGAUAGCCAUGAGGAUGAGUUCUCUUGCUAGAGAACAUGCUGCCCAAGCUCAAAUUCUGAUGGAGCAUCAACUGGAAGAGGAAGAAAAACUCGCGAAGAAGCAGCAAAUGACCUUGCAGGCAAAUUACAAAAAGUAUAAGCUGUUAAUGGGUGUUGCUGGAAAUGGGCAAAACGGAAAUGCUAAUCAGUUGGCUGCACGAUAUGGUCUACUCAUUGGAAAUUCCAAUAAGUCCCAUUGAGUGUAUGAUUUUCUUCUAAUUCAUUUGGGCAGCUGAUUUACUUAGGAAGCCAAGUAAAAAUGGAUGCACCUUAUCUGUGAGGAUUGAAGUAAAGCUUUUAGCAAUUUAACAUUAGGUAGUACUUAGAUGGCACGAAGGGUACUUUGUAAAUGUCUUUAGGCUUUUGUGCAGUAGAUAUUUUGCUGCCCUGAUUUGUACUCAUCGGGCAUUUGAAGUCCUAAAAGUUAGGAUUUGGGUAUAUGUUCACUCGUUAAAUCAUCUAUGUUAUGGAAGUAAUGGAACCAAUAAAUGUUCACCUACUGCAAUGGUGGCAUUUGAAAUCUCAUGUGUUAUUUUGCCUAUAAUACACACACUACCGCACAAUUGCAACUAUAA